AUGAAACGUCUAAGUCGUCCCCGGGCAUUGGUCUGUCAUCUGCUGCUGGCGAUCAACAUUCUGACCGUUUGCUGUGGCAGUAGCAGCACGGGCACCGAUGUCACCAUUACUGCAGACGGUUCCAUGCCCUCCAUAGCAACCACAACGGAAGCUAAACCCAAUUCCAAGGAUCAGCAACAGGCCAAACAUAGGCAUCGGCGGGAGAACAGCGUAGACGACGAAUCGUCCUUGGGUGGAGCGAUCGGGCCCGGUCCCGCUGACGAUGGGGAUCGUGAGGAAAAUUUCAUCGCCCUGGCACCAGAUGAAGCGGAUAUUUAUAACUUCUCCAACAUCAUGAGCAUGACGAUGGCGAACGGGCCGGUUGGUGCCGGCGGUACGCGCGGUACCAAUGUAAAUGAGGCAAAUCCAUUUAAUGAAUUUCGCAAUACACCACGCCAACGCGACCGUUCCCCAGGGCCGGAUGCUCCCGGUGACAUUGAGCAGCUGCCAGUGGCAAAGGGUGAAAAGGAACUGCCCGAACUGACGCUGGACGAUGAGGGUGGAUUCGGUGGGGAAGCGGUGAGAGCCAUCGAGAGAAGUCGGUUCGAUGCGGAACCGAACGGUGACGAUGUGGACGGUGGAAACGGCGGCGAGGUAGAUUCUGAGGAUGAUAAUGCGAUCGAGCGAAGUCGCUUUCUGGCGAAGGACCCGAUAGGACCGGAUGGCCAGGAUGGCCGUACAUCCCGUACCGAUUCCGAUGCGGCGCUGCUGAGCAACAGUAUCGACUUUCUGAACUCGAUCGAUGGAGCGUACCUGUUGGCUAAUGCGGCAAACGGCGGACAGGAUGGGGAGAACACCGGCAAAAACGGUGAUCUUUCGCGGAAAAUAUUGGACGACAAUGACAAUAAUAUCUCAACACGUAAACCAACGCAACCAAGUGCGGUGGAUGGUACCGACCAGGACAUUGGAGAAAACGAACUGUUCGACCAGAUGGAAAAGAAGGCCAAAUCGUACCGCUUGAAGUUGUACAAAAAGCACAAGAACUUUAAGCACACGCACCACCAUCGUGGUGGAUUGUAUCACCAGCCGUACCAUAACUUUCACCACGACUACUACCGCCGCAAGAUGUUGGAGCGUGAGCGCGAACGCUGGAAGAAGAUGCAGGACCUGAAGCCGGACUACCAGGGCCAGAUCAACUACUACGAGAACUCGAACAAGCUCGAAACAAACGACGACAUUAUGGCGCAUCUGAACGGCCACAGCAGCCAGGAGAAAUGGCCCAACUUCGACAAGGUGAUGACCUCGCUCAAGACGGAAAGUAAACCGGACAACAUCCCACCGUACAUCAAGAAGUACAACCGGCGCAACAAGCAGCUGAUCGAUCUGCUCGAGGGUACGAUCGCGCCCCUGUCCGACUACAGUGCGCACAAGCACCGGGAGCGCAAGUACCAUCGCAGGAAAAAUCCCCACUGGAUGGAGGAGGACCUGUUCGAGGAGCAGCGCCCGAACCAGGCGAAGGCACAGGGCCUCCAGCGCAACUACAUCCAGGAAACGAUCCAAUCCUCGACGAUACACUCGAACGCACUGCCCGGCGAGGGCAUUCACAUCAUCUACGACAAAAAGCACGCGGCGGACCACGACGAUUUCGACGACGGUGGCGGUGGGGGUGGUGCAGGACCGCAUCUGUUGUACGGUCGACCGACCAUCGCCAGCGGAGGUCAUGCGGUGGAUGGACAUCAUCCGAACUACAAAAUGUCGUCUCGGGCCGGCCAGUUCGUGUAUCAUCGUGUUGCGUCACCGCAACCGGUUGGUGGUGCUGGAUAUGGGCGGUUGAAGCGCCAACGUUUGCCAUUUGUGGCGAUUACGGAUCGGCGCCUCAGUGCACCGCCGAAGCGUCGCCCUGCGUCGAACGGUGGCCCCAACCAUGUCAACAACAAUCUACUGAAUCACCAGCCGAUGCCUUAAGAAUCGAGAUCUGUCAAACUCUGU